AUGGCUCGAAUGUACGCCUUUGUGAGACUUGUGAUCUUUCUAUCCUCGACUUUCAACCUUACUUUUGCCGCUGUGCAGCCACACCGGGCGGAUACAGUGAGGAAACCUUUACGACUCAAUACUCGCGAUCUAUCAUCAACCUUCAGCAACGGUUUACCCAGUCAUGUCAAUGGUCGAAUUGAGAUCGAGGGAUUUGAAGUCCAACGCGAAUCAGAAUACAACGGCCUAGCGGAACUCCAAAAUAUGUUUGGAGGCCACCACGAUGAUCAUAGCUUCAUGAUGAUCUCUACAAAUUUAGACGAAUCCGAUGACCCGUUCAGAAGUGAAUCAGGAAAUUCCGGUACGAUGAACAUUGAGAUGAUGAUGGUUGAUUUUGGUGAAUCGGAAGGCAACCAAAUUGGGGGAAGUGGUUCCAUUCCAACCAGGAUCGAGAUCGUCAAGUCAGUCAAGAGGAUCAUCCCACCUUCAAUCUUUCAUACCACUCUCAGAGCACAACAAGUCACGGACCACACGCGCGAAAGAUUGGAUAGAUUAAAAACACUCGCUGGUAUGUCGGGCGGAUAUAAAGAUCCAUUUGCAAGGCUUUUCGAAUCACUCGGGGCUGCUGUGAUCGAAAUGGACAGAGACCCUACCAGUGAACCCAGCGAACGUAGUGAACCCAGUGAACCUAGUGUACCAACUGCGACGCAGACGGAAGCGGAAAAGCCAAAAGAUGCACCCAAAACUGCUUUACCAACCUUGAUCCAAAAGGCACCGCAAUCACAAAACACCUUUCAAUUAUCUGAAGACAAGACAACUGACAACUUCAACGUAUCUCAUCAUAACCAAUUGUAA